GCUGUUGCUCAUAGAUAAAAUAGCUAUUUGUUAGAUGGAUGGAUGGAUUGAUGCUUGAAUUUGCUAGAUGUUUCCUGCUGUCCGUCCAACAUGUCCUCUAAGCAAUAUGCGAGGCUUACCCACGGCCCUAUAACCAAUUCAACUAUUCUACUUUGUUGUCCACUACAUGAAAAUAAUUUUGUUUGACCAUUGUUUCACAUUAUAUCAGCACAUAUAUUACUCAAUAUUUAUUACUUUUUUGCUUAAAAACCGACAAUCGAACCGGUGAAUCGGCGGUCUGACCAGUAAAAACCUGACCGACAACCUUUUCGGUUCGAUUUCCGGUUCGGUUUUAUAAACUAUGCGUGAAUGUCCUCCGUAAAGGUUAACCUCGAGUUAGUUGAUCUCCAUUUUAAUAUUUUUGUUUUUGCAAUAGUCGAACAAGCAUUUGGGCUUAGUCAGGCUGCUUUCCGAGUACAUUGUGGGCCGUCCGGGCUUCUUUUUUACAUUACAGGGUCUUUCGCAGAACCAUGCCUGAGUAGCAUUUGCCCCCACCCAGGCAGAGCACACGCUAGCUGCCUAACCCUUCUCUUCCAGCUGCCGUCCGCCGUCGAGUCCGCGGUUCUUGUCUCCCGCGGCCGUCCGCCAGCUCCGUAGAGCUCGCAUCUUCCGAGGGAUAGCAGGGUGGCGGCAGGGAUGACGGAGGAGGUUCAUCUGGGCCUCCCUGGGCCCUGGGCGGAGGACUACCGGGAGAAGGCCGACCACUACACCACCAAGAUCGGCGGGGUCCCUGAUUGGCCAGCCGAGGAUUUGGGGACUGAAGCUAAAUUGCUCCAAUGCAAACUGUGUGGAACCAGGCUCUGCCUUGUUGCUCAGGUUUAUGCUCCUCUUGCGAAGCUUAACGUUGAAGAGAGGACACUGUAUGUGCUUGUUUGCCCGACCCCAAAAUGCAGCCCUAACCCCCAAAGUUGGAAGGUCCUAAGGGUUCAGAAGUGCCAUAGUGGUAUGCAAUCAAAUGAUAAUGGAUACGGGUCAGUCCAAUGUAAAGAAAAGGUUUGCUCAAAUGAGCCAACUCCUUCAUGUUCUGCGGGAAAACAUAAUGAAGAAGAAAACAAGAGUUCAAACAGCAAUGGUGAUGAUUUUGAUUUAGAUGCCUUGGCUGCAGCACUCGAGCAGGCUGCAACGGUGGCAUCCAACACAAAGAAGAAAAACAAAUCAAAGCGUGCUAAUAAUGUCCCUAGGAAAUGCGCUGUAGUGAAAGAGAAAGCAAAUGACCUGAGUAUACCAGUUCUUCCUUGUUUCUAUAUCUAUUACGAUAAGGAACAAUCAAGAGGAAAAACCAGUGCAGGUUCUAGUAGCUAUGAAAAACUUUUGGCUGAAGAGAUAAUGGACAUGGGUAAUGACGAAGAAGAAAAAUGGGAAGGAGAAAAGUAUGAAUAUGAUCAAGCUCCUGGGGCUGACAGAACUUUCUUAAAAUUUAAGAAACGGUUGGAUGCAUAUCCUCAACAAUGCUUUAGGUAUUCAUGUGCUGGUAGUCCACUGUUGGCUACAACUAACUCACAAGAUGUAGGCACAUGUAAGCUUUGUGGUUCACAACGCCAAUAUGAACUUCAACUGAUGUCUCCAUUAUCAUAUUUUCUCGACCAAGCUGGUGAUGGUUCCUCAAAUUGUGCACCUAAUGCCUGGACUUGGCUGACUAUUGUUAUCUACACUUGCUCCAAGAGUUGCUGUCCUUCAUCUUGUGGUGGGGAACAUGCCAAUUGCUGCUGGGGAGUAGUGGAGGAGGAGAUAAUGAUGCAGGAGGAUGAAGCAUGUGACGCGCGAUGUUAUUAACUAGUCCAAACCAUAUCUGAAUGCCGUUUCCCCUUUGUCAUGUUGUUAUGGAAUCUAUCUGUAAUCUUAUGUGUUUCCAUUGGUAUUGCACUGUCAAUUUUGUAUAAGCCCGCCGAAGCAUUAUUGUGUGAAAGUUAUUGAAAGUUAAAUUCUAAAUGUUAAGUUUCAAAAAUAAUACACGAGUGAUACAUCCA